UGAGGCUUCUUCACGCCACCAGUAGCCGGGGCGCUCUUACGGGCAGCCUUGGUGGCCAGCUGCUUCCUGGGGGCUUUGCCUCCAGUGGAUUUACGAGCGGUCUGCUUGGUUCUUGCCAUUUUCCGUAACAGAAUAAAAAAUAACCUAGUAUGAGGAAAUCCGCUGCUCUUAAACUAUUGGGCCGGGCGUGAAACGGUGACGCAGCUUCAGAGCUCCGGGUUCUGAUUGGUGAGCUGCUUUUCCUGGUGCUCAGCCCCGCCUGGAGGAGCGACCCACCGCCUGAACCUCCGCUGCUUAUUGGCGGAAAGCGGGUUGAAAUUGUGCGCUAAAAUUAGAGCGGGUCCUCCUCUGCUGCACUGCGGGAAGCCUCGUCUCUGGUUGGUGCGUGGCGAACCGUCCCGCGCUCCGCGGACAUAAAACAGAAACUCUGGACCGUUAGAACCACAGUUUGUGAGUUUUAUCUCAAGAAAGAGAACGAAAAUGAGUGGCCGAGGAAAGACUGGCGGAAAGACCCGCGCUAAGGCAAAGACUCGCUCCUCUCGUGCUGGGCUGCAGUUCCCCGUGGGUCGUGUUCACAGGCUGUUGCGCAAAGGAAACUAUGCUGAGCGUGUCGGUGCCGGAGCCCCGGUCUACCUGGCGGCUGUGCUGGAGUACCUGACCGCUGAGAUCCUGGAGCUGGCUGGAAACGCCGCCCGUGACAACAAGAAGACCAGGAUCAUCCCCCGUCACCUGCAGCUGGCCGUGCGCAACGACGAGGAGCUCAACAAGCUCCUUGGCGGUGUCACUAUCGCUCAGGGCGGCGUCUUGCCGAACAUCCAGGCCGUGCUGCUGCCCAAGAAGACCGAGAAACCUGCCAAGGCCAAGUAAAUCUGGACCAAGGCUGAUGCCUCCAAACCACAAAGGCUCUUUUAAGAGCCACACACUCCUACAAAGAGCUUAAUCCUCAUGUUUUCCUUUAAACCAGAUACAUUCUUAUGUGAUGUCAGGAACUUUUUCUAGGCCUCUUUAUUAAAUGUUAUGGAUGUAACCAUGCAGUGUUUGUAUUAUAAAAUAAGCCUAUUUACAGUAUCAAAAGUUCAUUUCCAGGCAGAAUAUCUAGAUCCAACCCAUUACUUGUGUGUUAAAUGGUAAUAGCACUAUGCUCUGACGCAACACGUUGCAAAUCAGAGGCUGCACUUUUACCAACACAUCUGUCUGCUGCCUUCAAUCAAGUCAACAGAAAACUCUUAC